GCCGGAGCGGUGGGAGGGAUAGGGCGCGAGGCAGGAGCGCGCGCAGGGGGAGGUGGCUUGGGGUUCGGCUGGGGGGCGACUCCAGGAAGGGAGCGCGCUGGCCCCGUGGCCCUCCCGCCUCCUCCCCCGGGGAAGGGGAGGGGGCUUUGGGGGCUGACCGGACCGUCCGUGGUGGCGGUAGCGGCGGUGGCGGCAGCAGCGGCAGGCGGAGGGAGAGGAGGCGGCGCCCUGCGCCCUCUAGAUCGAGCCACGGCUCAACUGGGAGGCCAAGCGGGCGGAGCCGCGGCCCUGGAGGCCCUGGACCCCAGGAGGCUCAGUCCCUUGGGUCGGCUCCGCUCCGCCUCACACCCCGGCCGGACCGGGCCUCGGCUAAGGAUGUGAAACGGAUAUAAAUAUAAAAAAUCGUCCCUUUGCACACUCCAUCAUUGUCUGCUAGAAUGUUUCUAAUGAAUGCCCCUCCUGUGAUUGCUCUACAGUCAAAAUGGGAGUCAUUUGGACAGUCAGGGAGUUUUAGAUUUCCUGUGUGUUUCUCAGAAUCUGAAGAGGAUAUUGCUAGAGCAUCUGUAAGUGCAAAAGUUCAAAUGAUCAUAAACAACCUGCAAAGUGAGGAGACUUCCUUGGGUAUGAACAAUGAGUACAUUAUGCAGAAAAAUCAAAGGGGAGGUAAAUACAGAGGAGCCAGAAUUGCAGCUGCUAAUACAAUUGUGCUCAAAGAGCACUCUACAUAUGCCAAAAGUGAAUUGUCUACUGAAUUUAACCACAUGGAAGAAGACUCCUCUGAUUUUGGACCUCUCAUAUUAGAAUCAGAUAGCGAUGAUUCUGUGGACCGAGAGAUAGAGCAAGCAAUACAGGAAUAUCUAAAGGAGAAAAGCAACACUAUUCAGUCAGUACCCAGCAGUGAAGCAACUUGUUUUGGGACAACAGAUGGGAAUAACAGAAUCAAACAAGAUCUCCCUCAAAAUAAUGUGACCACUCACCUACCUCCUAUGAAAUUUAAAUCUGAUGUGGUAACAGAAGGUGUUAUUUGCAACCACAAGGAAAUUCAUGAUAAGCCAAGGGCUAGUUCUCCUCUUAGUGUAAGUAGUGAUGACUCUUUUGAGCAAAGCAUACAAGCUGAAAUAGAACAGUUCCUAAAUGAGAAGAAGCAACAAGAAGUCCAUAAAUAUGGUAUCCCUUUGGAUAAAAGAACAGAGCAAAAAGAGGUCUUGGUGAAAGCAGCAUCUAAAUCCAAUAAAGAAUCCAUUGUGAAAGCAAAUCGCCAAGACUUAAAGCAAGGUUGUAAGGAGUUAAUCUCCAAACAAUAUACAGAAUUGGGGAAGACUAAUGUACAUCCCAAGUACUUCAAGCCUAAAAUCAGCACAGAAUCUGAAAACUUUAGUAAUGUAAGGCUGGUGCCUCCUAAACUGACAGGUGCUUGCCAACAUUUAGAAACAGCACAAAAUAAAGGUGUAGAGAAAAAGCAUUCCUGGGCAAACAGAAGGGAACAAAGAAUCAAAAGUGCAGCUCUUGUUUAUGAUAUAUCUGAUUCAAGUAGUGAUGAUGGCAUUGAAGAAGCCAUUCAAAUGUACCAAUUGGAGAAAACAAGAAAGGAAGCCAGUUCUACAGCAGAUAGUAACCCAUUGCAAAAAAUACCGCCCAGAGAUGACAAAGUAUCAGACUUUGCCUCAAAUAUUGCAGUUGGUUCUUCAAAAAGUGCCUUGCUUGAAAGCCACAAAAAAACAUUGAAUAGCAAGAGGAAACAGACUGCUUCAAAAGUUACAGAACUGAGCAAUAUUAGCUGUGAUUCCAACAAACUCUUAAAACCACUGAAAGAAACCAAAGUUUCUACACCUCCUAUGAAUACAAUUGCCAAAUGUGAGUUUACAGUACAGCCCUCAUUCCAGGCUGAAACAUCUGCUGAGUUAAUGUGUGCAGAAGCUAUACUUGACAUUUACAAAACAAUCAUGCCUUCCCAUGUGGAAAGCAAUGACAGAUCACUUUCUACAAACCCUCUUUUCUCUUCCCAAAAUGUGCCUUCCCACCCUGACAGUGAUAGCAGCUUGGUAGACAGUGAUGACAGCAUUGAACAAGAAAUCCGAACCUUUUUGGCUCUAAAGGCACAAUCAGAACAUUUACUGGCCAAACCUGAAAACCUUUCCAAGUCUGUGCAGGGACCACUAUUGCCUGAACACAGAAAUCAGGGCAAUAGCCCCAAAACCCCUCUUUCUAAGACACUGAAGUUAUCAUUGUGUUGCAAAAGGAAACUUAAAGGGGAAAGGAAAGUGAUAAAACAACCAACACCGAAGAAAACUAAAGGGUUAGAAAGAGAAUGCCCCCAGGAAACUGAGUAUGGUCAGGUGAAAAUUCAUAUGUUCCAAGAAAAGAAAGAUUUAACCAGGCAAGAGAAAAUCUGUAAAUCUAAAGGCAGGGAAGAUGAGAUGACUUGUCAGUUCCUCUCUUCCAAUUUUGUUGGGCUUAUUGAUGAGCACAUUGCCUUAGACUUGAGAAGUAGUUUAUCACAAGUCCAUGGUAAAGUUACACAGGGGAGAAAUUUGGAAAAAGAGGGACUUGGUUCUGGUGAUAAAAGCAGUUCUUUGGAUAGUGAUGAAGAUCUUGAUACAGCCAUUAAGGACCUGUUGAAAUCAAAGCGUAAAUUAAAGAAAAGAUGCAGGGACCCCAAAAGUCACUGUAAAAAAAAGGUUAAGCUUAGUAGCACAGGAACCCAAUUUUUAGAUAAAUUUAGUAAGCUUCAAAAACACUGGAAAAAUAAGAGUCCUCACUUACUGAAAAACUGUCUCCCAGGAUCUAAAAGAGACAAUGGGGAGAACACAAUAAAGAAGCCUUUGAACACUUGUAACAAUAGAACAGAAAGAGGGAAACAGGGAAAAAAACAUGAGAAUUUACAGCUGGCAUUCCAAUUGGAGAAAAAAAUGUUCUCAAAACCUAUUUUAGUUUCAGAUGAUAUGGAAAUCAGUGAAAAUCAGAGCUCUGCACUCAGCACAAUCUCACUCUCUGAUGACAGUAGUUCAGUGGAUAGUGAUGACAGCAUUGAACAAGAAAUUAGGAAGUUUUUGGCAGAAAAGGCCAAAUAUUCCAUGAGCAGUUCAGAAAUUCAGGAGGGUAAUGUAACAACAGCUCUUGGAAUAGAUGGAGUUUCUAAACCAGAGUUUAUUAGUGGAAAAGAGAAGUACCCCUCCAUGGGAUGUCAGCCUGGCUUGUUACCCAGCCAAAGUCCAAAAACUAUGAUCAUUUCUCAGAAAGCCGAGGACCUAAAAAUCUCUAAUAAAACUGUAAUACAAAGUGCAAUAAAUAUUUUAAAUGAUGGUAGGAAAAGUGCAUCCUGUCCUGGGAAUAUCUACCUCCAUUCUACUUUGGCUGUAAAAACCAAACAUGAGACAGUGACACCUAAAAGUUGUGGCAAUUUAUCUGUAAAGGAAGCACCAAUAGAUAAGAAGGAAGUCUGUAUCAAAGACCAAAGUCAAAAAAAUCUUGAACCCGCUGAAUCAGAAAAUGUCAGUAGGUUGCAGAACUAUUGUAUUACUACUCUUGCCACUCCAGAAAAAAGUAGCUCUCUUCAGGGAAAGUGUUGCAGCAAAAGUAUAUGUGAUCAAAAAACUGUACCUGAAAGUGAGAAAAAUUUGCUUUUACACAACAGGCAGUGUGCUCUGCAGGGUAAUUUUGUACAUGAAGGAGUAUUCCAGAAUAUUUGUGUGCUUAACACAGAAGGUAGGGAAACAGGAAAGAAAGGGAAUCAUAGGAAGGAAAGAGGAAAAGGAUUAAAGGAACAAACCAGAAGUUCUACAAAUUGUGCAAUAGAUCAUCAGCAAGGUUUACAUUUGGCUGGAUUUCAUUCUCUGAUUCCAUCUGGAGUAUUUAAUUUUGGAAAGAGUAUGACUCAAGGAAGCAAACAAACAAGUCUUUUAGAUUCAAGCCAGGGAGUCCCUUUACAGGUGCCCCUUUUCACCUCAUUAAAAGAAAACAAAUUGAGCAAAGAUUCAGGAAUAUUUGGAAGUUCAUACUUACUUUUGAAGAAGGAAGGAUCUGACUGGCAAAAUAGAAAGACACAGACAGAAUUAAACAUACGCGGAGUAAAGAAAUUCAGUACAGAAGGGAAAAUACUAGAUUUAAGAAAUAGAAAGAUUAUUGAUAAAGACAUUCUAGAUGAGAAAGCAUUAGAAAAUGAUUCCAAUGAAUUUGAUGAUAUAUCCCUAGAGGAAAGCAGAAGUUCAGUGGUAAAGGGAAAGAUCCUAAAUUUGUAAGUACAUUUUCCCAUGGUUUUCAUGAGUCUUUGUAUAAAAUAGUGGAGUAUAGAUAAAGAGCUAGAAUUGCAAAAGAGCUCAAUAGUUAUUGAGAGCUUGGAAUUUAAAGGGGAAAAAGUAGUUGUCUGGAGUUGCUAAUAUACACUCAUAUGUAUAUAUGUAUACUAAUGUGAAACAUGUUUCUAUUAACAGAUGUGUCCUGGGUAAAUAUAAUUUUGUAGCAUUUUAUAAAUUAUUUAAAGUGCUGUAAUGAAAUAUUUUUUUGAGAAUCUAGUAGUUAAUUUUCUAGAAUAUGUGUAACUACAGUAUUCUGUGGUCAUGUAUUAUUAUAGAUGGGAAGACAUGUGGAAUUAGUGAUUGUGAGGGACCCAGAAUAGAAUAGGCAAACCUAGGCUUCUCCAGUAAUUACUAACACUGCCAGGUUUAAAUGUAUGUAACUUUUGACUGAUUACUGAUGAAAAUUUUUAGCUCUCCAACUUUGAAGGCCUAAGAAGGCAUUGAUAAGACUCUUUAAAUAGCAAAUUCUUUUGUGUUUUGGGGCAAAGAUAUCAUGUUAGUAAAACUUCUUAUGGAACAUUUUUUUCUAGCUAGAGUGAAACAGACUUUGAGGAUAUAACUUCUUAAAUACAAAUCCCAUUAAUUUCAAUAAAAUCGUUAGUAUAUUUUAUGACAACUCUUUCACUGAUUCAAACAGCCCGCUAAGACUAUGUUUCAGAGCAGGUGGUGACCUACAUUGAUGAAGAGAGAAGACUUUCUCACUUAUCGCAUACAGGAUCUCUAUACCGAUAAAAUUACAGGUCAGAAAGGAGGAGAGGGAGGACUUUUGAACAGUCAAUGUUUCAAAGCACAAAUGCAGUUGAACAGUUGCUUGAGCUCUUCACUUUAAAGCUGGGAAAUCCCAAAUGAAAUUAUCUCAGUGGCAGUAUUAUAUCUACCAUUCAAUUCAUAUUUAUAAAGUAUGCCUGGUAAAAGUCAUCUGAAGUUUUCUAAUGUAUAAUCUUGUUCCAUAAAAGAACAAUUUUAAAAUCGAAAUUAACUACUUUUUGUAUUGGAGCUACUUUUUUUAAUUUUUUAAUAGUGGUUGUAAAAUAUGAAGGUUAUGUAUGUAUUUUAAAUUUCAUCCCCUUUUCUUGAUAUGUGCAAUAAAAUAAGCACUGUUUAUAGUUGCUUUAGGAAAGUCAGUCACCAAACAUUUUUUGAGCACCAGCUGUGUGCAAAAUGCAAUACUAAAAAUUGUGGCAGGAUUAAUAAGAAAUAGAAACUCAACUCUUAGUUUUAAAUGAACUUAAAUCUCGUUGGAUAUAGAAAACCUAAAACACUUGAAACACAUACAUGUUUUGAAUAAUUUCUUGGGGCAUUCUGAGCUAUAAUCUAUCAAAUGUUUUUCAGUGCCCCAAGUCAAUCAUGCAUGUGUGUAUGUACACAUGCACACAGUGGCUAUAUGUAUAUAUUGUCCUGAGAUACAUGCCAUUCAUUCAUUUAGCAAUCAUUUAAUAAGCACCUUCAAUCUGAAAGCACUGUGCUAGGUGCUAAGAGAGAUAUAGAGAUAACUAAGGCAUAAUCCUUGCCCUAAUGGAGCUUAAACCAUAUAUGUAAGUAUGUCUUCCUUAUAUUAGAAAUUUAUUUUCAAAUCAUAAUUCAGUUGUCAUAGCAAUUGCCUUUCAAAGCUCUUUAUACAGUGACUCAACUAUUUAAUGAGAAUGGGCUUCCAUAAUAGAAGAAAUGGGGUCAAAGAGUUUCUUUGCUUCAUUGUAUACUCUGAUAGGGUGGUAUUCUGCCAAAAGAUUAUAAACUCUUAAAACGAGAUAGAAUGAUAUUAAUCAUAUGGAAUUAUAGUGAAAGACAUAGCAACUUUUUUACUUCCAUUGUGGGCUUAGGGCUACAGAGCAUCAACAUGUUAGGACAUUUAAAUUAUGGGCAUUCAUUCAUCCUACUUGUAUUGGUCAUCACUAAACUUGUCCAACCAGGAUUUUGCAGAACAUUUCAUUUUAUAAGAUCUUUUGCUUAACUUAGAUAUGUUGUGCCUAGAACAGUGUUUUGUCCUAAGUUUAGAAUGGGAGUUAGUUGGUAUUUUAAAAUUCAAAUGAGUUUUUCUGUAUGUUAUUUUUCCACAAGUUUAAGCAGUAAUUCAUAUUAAUAACUAAAUAUGAAACAAGGUACUAUCUGUGUUGAAUGUGUCCUUAUUUAAAAGUUUUAGUAAAUGAAUUUUAGGAUUGAAAUUUCUAUCUGAUGCUCCAAUUAAUGUCUGUGUGUUUUUAUCUUUUUUUGUAGGAUAUUGGUUCACUUAAGUGCUUCCAAGUAAAAUAUAAAUCCAUGUAAUCUGUGCUUUAAAUGUCAUUUCAUUUUUAAAGAGCACUUUUUAAAUUAAAAAUGAAAAUCAACUUGUUUUGUAUAUAAGAAAUGACAAAUUCAUAAGUUUUAAAAACUAAUAAACUAAGGACUGUUCAUGAACCAUGAAAA